UUUUUGAUUUCCGAUUUUGGAAAAUUUUUUUGUUUCGAAACAUCUCUGACACUAACUAGAUAUCUUCAACUACUACGUUCUCCUAAAACACAUGCUGCUGAUUAUUUUUUAAAUGCGGAAGACGGAAGGAACGUUAUGUGGAAGAAGCAAAUUUCAGUUCCCUGUUUUAGCUCCUUAACACUUAAUAUUAUAAUUUUAUCUAAAUACCUAAUAAUAUUUUUUUACAGAUUUUUUUAAAUUUUUAUCUUCCUAUUUUUAAUUACUUCAAUAUUUAUGUUAAUCUUCCCCACCAUAUUAUUUUCAUUUUCCACAUUUGCCAGUUUCACUUUUCUCUCAUUCUCAAGUGCCACUCCAAGACAAAUCCAAGUACCUGGUUCAAUACUCAUUGGAGGCCUAUUUCCAAUACACGAGAGUAGCAGAAAUACUUCUGGUUCCACACUUUGUGGGCGAAUAAAGGCUGAUCAGGGAGUUCAACGGAUGGUGUCUAUGCUAUAUGCAUUAGAGCAAAUCAACAAAAACCAUCGUAUUUUGCCUGGGAUUCAAUUGGGAGCACAAAUUCUAGAUUCAUGUUCUGUGGAAACCCAUGCAUUAGAACAAAGUUUACAAUUUAUCCAGUCUGUAUGUGCAGAAGGAGAACAACAAUAUUUUAAUGAAAAAUUAUCUUUAAUAUCUGAGCAAAGUAAAGGGAGAAAAAUAGCUGCAGUUAUAGGGGCUGCUUCUUCUCAAGUCUCAGUUAUGGUCUCAUCAAUGCUACAACUUUUUAAAAUUCCUAUGGUCAGCUAUUCUUCAACGGGCGUUGAAUUAAGUGAAAAGCCUCGUUUUGCUUAUUUUUCUCGUGUUGUGCCUCCAGACAAUUUACAAGCUAAAGCUAUGGCACAUUUAGUCGCUGCUCUAGGCUGGAAUUAUGUCCAUGCAAUUGUGGAUACUGGAAGUUACGGGGAAAGGGGAAUGGAUAGUUUUCGAGCUGCUGCUACAGAUUUGAAUAUUUGUAUAGAUGGAGAUGUUCAUAAAAUAAGUAGAAGAUGGACUGAUGAACAAUACGAAGAAUUACUUUUACGAAUGAGAAAUUCAAAAGCUAGAGGUGUUGUUAUGUUUGUGGAUGAAGACAAUUUGCGUCGUUUUCUCUCUAAUCUUAAAAGGCUGAUAAUGCUUUCUGAAAAGACUAAGCCUUAUAUGCCUAGACUUAGAAAUUAUUUUUGGUUCGUAGCAAGUGACAGUUGGGGUGUAAAAGUUUCUGUGGUAAAAGGCUUUGAACAUAUUAUUAAUGGAGCAAUAACUGUUGCCCCAAAAGUUAGAUAUCUUCAAGGUUUUGCUGAAUAUUUCGCAGCAUUGGGACCUUCAAAUACUUUUCUUAGCGAAUAUUGGCAAUUUAUGAAUUGUUCAGAACAUUUCCAUCCAAACUUUGGGUCUUGUUUCAAAACCCAAAGUCAUUAUUUUAAACAAGAAGCUUAUGUUCCGUUUGUUUAUGAUGCUGUUCAGUUGGUUGCUAAAGCUUUGCAUAAUUAUAUAAAGGAUUGCGGUUUUGAUGGUCAAUGGGAAAAUUGUGAAUUGGCCAAAAAUGGUUUUGAUGGGAAAAAACUACAAAAACUUUAUCGAAAUGUUUCGCUUAUAGAUGGUCAACCUCCCCUCAUUGACGCUAAUGGUGACGGAAAUGGGCAAUACAGUAUAUUUCAAUUAGACGAAAGAGGACUUUAUAGAAGAGUUGGGGGCUGGAUAGAUAACGAACUCAUUGACUUGGAUGUGGCAGAUAUCCGAGCUGGGCUGCAGCGUAUUGUAACAUCAACUGGAACUAUUGAGGAAGACAUAAACUAUAUUCCUCUUUCUGUGUGCAGCUUACCCUGUGCAGAAGGGCAUUAUAGAGCUUAUCAAGAUCAGAGUUGUUGUUGGACUUGUAUUCCUUGUGAUACAAGUACAUCAAUUAUACCAAACAAAACAAGGCAAAGAAUAAUAUUUUUGAAAUUUUCAUUUAAAAUUUCUAGUUGUAUCCAAUGCCCUCUUGGUGAAGUGCCUAAUGCAGAAUUAAGUAUUUGUGAGCCUAUAAGACCAAUACAUUUGGAUUGGGAUAGCCCUUGGGCCUUUGUUCCUGCCAUUUUUUCUAGUAUAGGUUUGCUAGCUACUUGUGCAGUGACAGCUGUGUUUAUCCGUUACAAUUAUACACCUGUGGUAAUGGCUUCUGGGCGUGAAUUAUGUUAUUGUAUGUUGGCCGGAAUUGCUUUAUGUUAUGGAGUUACUUUUGUUUUGGUCAGUCCUCCAUCAGAAUUGGUGUGUACAUUAACAAGAAUACUUAUCGGUUUAUCAAUGGCAACUGUUUAUGCAGCAAUUCUUGUAAAAACGAAUAGAUUAACACGGGUGUUUAAGCCAAAUAGUGCUUUAAGGCCUAAAUGGAUUGGGCCUACUGCACAAGUUUUCUUUUGUGCAAUUCUUGCAUCUGUACAGCUUGGAAUUGCUUUAGUCUGGAUUUGGUUAGAACCACCCGGAACUGCUAUUCAAUAUCCAUCGCGUACUGAAGCUGUUCUAACAUGCAAAGCUACACUUUCACAUUUACUUAUUUCACUUUUCUAUUGCGGAAUUCUUAUAAUUGCUUGCACAAUUUAUGCAUUUAAAACGCGUGAAAUACCUGAAAAUUUUAAUGAAACUCGUCUUAUUGGAUUUACAAUGUAUUCAACUAGCAUACUUUGGCUAGCAUUUGGACCCAUUUAUUUUGCUACACAAAAUAACUUCCGAAUCCAACUCACUUCACUUUGUAUUACCAUUUCAUUAAGCGGGACGGUUGCUUUAACCUGUUUCUUUGCACCAAAGGUUUAUAUCUGCCUGUUUCAACCUUACAAAAAUGUGAGAACACGAAGUUCUGCUGUAGGGAAAUUAGUGAAUCAACAAAUGCGUUUUAUUAGUCAAAUAACCAGUCCCGAACAACAAUCAACUGGCCAUUAUAACAAAAUGCCUAUUUCCUCAUACUGUACUGUUUCAACAAAUGGAGGGUAUAGCGAGACACCGUCUGCUGGCAAUGUACCUCAACCUCCUCUCUCUGUGUUGAGGCGACGUUCCUCCGUGGCAACAUGCUUCAUUGCACAGAAUCAAAACUCGACGGCAGAAAUACCAAGGAAAUAUUUGCGCAGAAUGGAGACAAUUAGUAAUGCUGGAGGUGGACAUCAUUCCGACUUGGAAAGGAUAAGGAGAAGAAGGUAA